AUGCCCCAUUGCUGCCUCACGGUUCAGGCACAAACUGUAAACAAACAAUUCCAGGGGUCCAGCGCGACAUCAACUUUCCACAAGCCCUUGAACCCGACGACACCAAGAGCCGUCGCACAACCGACUCUCUACACCUCGUACCAGCGCAAACAACCAACCCGCGCAUCCUUCGAGGCCCUCAAAAUGUCCACCCAAUCCCCGCCCUCAACAUUCACCCUCGACACCCCCACAAUCCUCUGCAUCCUCUUCGCCCUCUCCUUCAUGCCAAUCGCCUACUUUGCCGGCCAAACCCUCAUCCCGUCCUCACAAACCCGCAACCGCCUCCUCUUCUACUGGCACGCCUACGACGCCCUCACCCACCUCUUCAUCGAGGGCUCCUUCCUCUACGAAUGCUUCACCAGCUACGCGGUUCUCCCCGCGGGUCUGAACGCGCCGGAACCCGCCUUCCUAGGGAUAAAAGACCGCGUCUACGGAGCCGCGUACGGGACCGCGCCGUCCUCGAGGCUGUGGCAGGAAUACGCGAAGGCUGACCACCGCUGGGCGAGCGCGGAUGCGACGGUUAUUAGCUUGGAACUGUUGACCGUGUUCCUGGGUGGGCCGGCGGCGGUGUAUGUAUGUUAUCUGCUGUGGCAGUCGAGUCUUCCUUCGAACUCGGCCUCGGCCUCGUCUUCGAAAACAUCGUCAAAAGCCACGCCGUCCAAAUCGAACUCGUCCAGGUCGUCGUUGUCGUCAUCUACCUCCGCCUCCACCGCGAAAGCCGAGGCCGAAGCCAAGGGUGCGGCCAAAGCGAAGCUCUGGCUUGUGGCUACGGCGCUGGCAACGGCAGAGCUUUACGGUGGCUUUAUGACUUUUGCGCCGGAGUGGUUGACGGGGAGCACCCAGCUCGAUACGAGUAACGCCGUUUAUACGUGGUUUUAUCUGUUUUUCUUCAAUACGCUCUGGGUUUGGAUUCCGCUUUGGGUGCUUUUUGAGGCUGGGAAGGAGGUUAGACGGGCGUUUGUGCUUGCGGAGGGCGUUGAGGGGAAAGAGGGGAAGAAGGCAAAAUGA